GCGGGGCGCUAUUAGCCUCUAAAGACAGCACGAGUUUCCGUAAAAUCGCACCGAUAGUAAGUCAGUGUGCAACUUGUAUGGCCUCAGUACCUUCAUCGUCUGCACCAAAGCCCUCCAACACAGCCGCCGCAGAAUCUCACCGGGACAUUCUCAAACAGAUAAGGAGUCACGAAAUUGCCAUAGCUGAGCUCAACAGUCUAUCCUCUUCAAGGGGUGUCUACCAGAGAAACGGGAACAUUCUUUUUCGUACAACUAUCCAGAAAGCAAUUGCUUUAGAACAGAAACAAUUGGAUAUUGCCAAAGUCAAGGUGCAGCAGCUGAGUGAUUAAAAUCAAGCUCCAAAACCAAGCUCAUUGUUUACUCUUUAAACUCUAUUGAGAUGGCACUAAGAGGUGUCUGGCAGUUAAAUAAGCUGAUUGUUAGCUAUUGUGAUUGGGGAGGGAGUAGCCGAGGUGUUAGAGCAUUUAUGGAAUCUCAUUUGCCAGCUUUUAAAGAGAUCUCCCCCCAGCUGGAGGUUGUAUCGGAGCUUAAUCGUGGUCAGCAUCCAUAUUUGAAGGGACUGUAUAGGAACAAAAAUGAGCGGGUUGUAUCUGUUAAAAAUAUGACUCCCGAGGACAUACUACUAUGUGCAACCAGGCUAAGAAAUUCACUUGGAAGAAAGGUGGUCAAAUUGAAAACUCGGCACGUUACCAAGCACCCUAGUGUUCAGGGUACCUGGACAACAGAAUUGAAGAUGUGAGCUAACAAAGAGAGUUACUGAUAUCUAAUCUAUUCCGGGGGUUUGGAACUCACCUAGUUUGUUCUUCCAAGUCUUUUGUCAAUAAAUUCAUAUGUUUUGGUGAUGCAAAUACAGUUCCUCGAGUUUUAUUAGGUUACUUUUGUGUUCGAAUUGUGGGGAGGGUUGUUUCAUGUUCCUUCAUUACUGAAGUAAGCUGGCCCAUACAAUUGAUGACUCUGCUUUUGAUACGCGACUAUGCUAUUGGUUCCUAA